UGACUGGUUGCUGCCGGGCUAUUGACUUUCUAGUAUUUAGAGGUGGACUUUUGGUGGAGUAGAUAUGAUUUCUUAUGUAGUUUUCGUGCCAUUUAUGUUUUGAUUGUAGGUUGAAAAUAUGUAUUUUAUAUGGAAUAACUUAAUUUCUAUAACCUGAAACCCCGCCCUGUUUUUCCGUGUAUUUUGUGAUUGGUUAUAUUGGGAAAGACCCGGAUGUUAACGGGUGGUUGGAUUUUAGAGUCCUGUGUGUAAUGCAGUUGCCUGAUAGAACAUGGACACAAGAGCAACUGUGUCGGCCUGGAUGGAGGAUGUUAUGAAUUAAAUAACGUACACGUUCAUAUAUUCAGAUGUUGAAUAAGUAUCUGAAAUCAUGCGUACAAAAAUCAAAAACAUAAUUGCAAAUAGUUUACUUUGAACAUACGAUAAAAUGAAUUAAAUCCGUAUAGAUUUUUAUUUGGGCAGUUUCAGCGUCACUUUGUUUGGGGUCCUUCGUUAGCUAGGCGCCAGUCACUCUCUUGUUAGCAACAGAGCUACAUAGCUAAACGUCUGUGUUUUGGAUACAUCGACUUGAAUACUGUUUAUUUUUGAUAUUCGUGGUCUCAAAAUUGGUCAGCGAUGAAUUUAGAGUUGCUCGAGUCGUUCGGGCAGAACUAUCCAGAGGAGGCCGAUGGCACUCUGGACUGUAUCAGUAUGGCUCUCACAUGCACCUUUAACCGCUGGGGCACGCUUCUGGCGGUGGGCUGCAACGACGGACGCAUCGUCAUCUGGGACUUCCUGACACGGGGCAUCGCCAAGAUCAUCAGCGCUCACAUUCAUCCAGUCUGCUCACUGUGUUGGAGUCGAGACGGUCACAAGCUGGUGAGUGCGUCUACAGAUAACAUAGUGUCGCUAUGGGACGUCCUGACUGGAGACUGUGACCAGAGGUUCCGCUUCCCCUCGCCCAUCCUCAAACUGCAGUACCACCCCAGAGACCUUGACAAAGUCCUGGUGUGUCCUAUGAAGUCCGCUCCGGUGCUGCUGACCCUGUCUGACUCUAAACACGUGGUUCUGCCCGUGGAUGACGACUCUGACCUGAAUGUGGUGGCGGCCUUCGACCGGCGGGGGGAGUACAUCUACACCGGCAACGCCAAAGGAAAGAUUCUGGUGCUGAACACGGACACGCAGGAUCUGGUGGCAUCGUUUCGGGUAACAACAGGGACCAGUAAUACCACAGCCAUCAAGUCCAUAGAGUUUGCGCGCAAGGGCAGUUGUUUCCUCAUCAACACAGCAGACAGAAUCAUCAGGGUGUAUGACGGGAGGGAGAUUCUCACCUGUGGGAGAGACGGGGAGCCAGAGCCCAUGCAGAAACUACAGGACCUUGUCAACAGGACUCCCUGGAAGCGGUGUUGUUUCUCUGGGGAUGGGGAGUACAUUGUGGCUGGUUCAGCCCGACAGCAUGCUCUGUACAUCUGGGAGAAGAGCAUUGGCAACUUGGUGAAGAUCCUCCAUGGAACCAGAGGAGAACUACUGCUGGACGUGGCUUGGCACCCUGUGCGGCCAAUCAUCGCCUCCAUAUCCAGCGGAGUGGUGUCCAUCUGGGCUCAGAACCAAGUGGAAAACUGGAGUGCGUUCGCCCCAGACUUCAAGGAGCUGGAUGAGAACGUGGAGUACGAGGAGAGAGAGUCUGAGUUUGACAUAGAGGAUGAGGAUAAGAGUGAACCUGAACAAACAGGUGCUGAUGCUGCAGAGGAUGAGGAGGUGGAUGUGACCUCUGUUGACCCCAUCGUUGCAUUCUGCAGCAGUGAUGAGGAGCUGGAGGACUUCAAGGCCCUGCUCUACCUGCCCAUCGCUCCAGAGGUAGAAGACCCUGAGGAGAAUCCAUUUGGUCCCCCUCCAGAUGCAGCCGGCCAGACCACCCCCGUAGAAGAUGGUUCAGCCCACACAGGGAGCGGGGACAAGAAGCGCCAGCCGUCCUCAGAGGGAGUUCCGCCCAAAAAGAAGGCUCGUACCACCACCAUCGAACUACAGGGGGUGCCUAGUGAUGAGGUGCACCCCUUACUGGGGGUAAAGGGAGACAGCAAGUCCAAGAAGAAGACGGCAGGGCGGCCAAAAGGCUCCAAAGGUAAAGAGAAAGACUUUCCCUUCAGGCCCAAACCCUACAGGGGGGACAGGGUCUACCCUGACGGAGCGGUAGCGGGAGGAGGAGCAGGAGGAGGAGGAGGAGGAGGGAUGAAGGGCAGAGCGGAGGGGGGCCUGACUGCAGCAGGGAGCCUGGUUUCACAGUCCUACAAGCAGCAUGAUAUCGGGGGACUGGACUGAGCCAGCACCAUAAUCAUCAUCGCCCCCUGUGGUUCUGGAAGGGGAAGGACAGGCACCUAAAUUCGGCCUGUUUUUACACUCUCCUAAAAUCAAGACUCUUUGUGAUAUCACUCAAGACUGUCAUUAUGGUAUCACCCCCCACCACCACCACAACCCCAAAAGACUCAUUAUGACAUCACAGCCUUCUAUUGCUCAGGCUGUGACUUUCCCUACCGGCUGUCUCUCUCUGUCCUCUCUCUGUGCUGGCUGCUAUGGUUACCUGGAUUAUCUCCCUCCUGUCAAAGACUGAUGUAUGUGACCUGAUGAUGUCACAAGUUUUAGAUGAGAGUUCUGACUAGGAACUCCUGCAACAUAGCAGAUUCACACUUUCUCAUUUUCAUGUUUUUUUUUUGUUGGAUGAGUAACAGAAACAAACCAAGAGAAGAGGGAAGCAACAGACUGCAAUAGUAUAGGGUCACCUCUCUUCUCCCCUCUGUCUUUUUUUUCUGUAGAAUGACUGAUGUACAGAUACAGUACAGGAGUUAUUACAUGGAAUGUGUCCCAACUGGUCUCCUUUUAACUCUGUUUCUGGACAUGUCUUUUUGUGUUUCUUUUUAUACAUGUUAUUAAACCAUUUAGAUUGUUUUUGA